UAGACAUAAAAGGCAGCGGGCAAGAGGAACUCGUCAGUCUUGCUGGUGGCGGCGCGACGCUGGGUACAUACACAUUCCACACUGGUUCCAUUUUCGCCGUCUAAGCUAAGAAUACUACUGUGUCAACUAUAAACAGGUAAGUGAGGGUGAUGGCUUGCUACCUGAUCUGCCUGACGUGGGUGUUGCUGCUGGCGCUCUGCUACACGCCCGCACCUGCUCACUCAGAGAACUUGGGGCUGUCAAGAGGCCAUGGAAACAGACACGUCCGGCAGGCACAGAUGGACAAUGUUGCUUACUAUGACGGUGGAGUUGAUGCAAAGAACCCCAACUCGGGAGCGAUAGUACACGACCCGAACAGUAAUUACCGACCACCAGUGGUGUUUGGUCCCAGACCUAGACCACGGCCCACCUGGCACUACAACCAGUACAACCAACACAACAACCGGUACAACCAACACUACAACCGGUACAACCAACACUACAACCAGCCAUAUUGGUACUAUAGAGGAUAGCUGCUGGUACUACACCUGCAGCUACCACCACCAUCUUUACUAAUGCUGAGUUGCACCCCACCUCUGACCCGGGGAGGGCAGGUCCUGUCUAAAAACACAGAACCUCGUCCUGUGUACAGUCAACCUUCACUCUCUGAGGGCCAACGUAAACUGACAUUCAUAACAAUGAUCUACUUUUGUCUUCUUAGGUUAACUUUGAUUAAAAAUCUGAUAGUGGAGAUUAACGUCACCUUUAAGGAAUAGUUUAAACUAAACAAACUAUGUGGAGUAUAAUAGCUUUAUUAUGUGGAGCUUUAUAGCUUUACUAUGUUGAGUUGAAUCCUUCCAUUUAUUUUAACAAUCACUGCUGAAUGUUCUUUAACGUGAGUCUGCCAGGUUCCUUGGAAGUAUCAUUAAUAAAUGUUUAUGGGUUAAAUUAUUAAACCCAAAUGGUCUUUUCUCCAUUUAUUAAGAUAAACUAGUGCACAAAUAAUUAUAAUAUCACCGUAAUUAACGCUUUGAGCUGUGAGCGUUACUAAAAAUAAAAAACUGAUAUGUAUCUGAGGUUCAGGAGCCUCACGUGUAUCGUGAGCGAGAGAGAGUGUAGGACUGAGGGUAGAGUCAAGUAACAGGCCAGGGGUCUGGUCCUUACUGUUGACAUAGCCAGGCAGAGGGCUAUAAGUCAGAUGUCAAGAGGUCACCUGUUAGACAAAAAGAUUAAUUACCAUACAUCACUCACUUCAGUAUUAGAGAGAAAAUUGUAGACACUGGCUCACAGUUUACUCACCGUGGGUGUAGUAAUUAUAUAACUUAUGUAGUGCACAUUAAUAUGAGUAUUACUGUCUGUUAGACAGGGGAUAAUGUAUAACCUAACCUAACCUAACCUAACUGUCUCAGAACGAGCUGCCGUAUAUAGUCGUUCAAAUUAAUCAUAAUUGUUAAGUCUCUCUACGUCUCAAGACCUUAAUACAAUUCUAUGAGGUGAUAAUGAAAAGUUUUGUCUUAAGUCUUUUGAUAAAUUUUUGUUUGUUAUAGAGUCUGUCUGUACACCCUACUUCUCUUAUGAGGUAAAUACUUGUUUCUUAAUGUUUAUGUUGUUAAUACAAUUGUUUAUUAUACGACCAUUCAUAAAUAUAUUAUAAUUUAAA